AUGGAUUUCCAAAACAACACACAAAUCCUGAAUAAGGCAACUGACUCUGCCUCUGUAACACCACCAUCGCAUGUGUCAAUUCCAACUGAGUUAUAUUGCAUCUUAUUAAAAUCCGCACUUUCUGAUGUUAACUUCGGUAAUUUUUCACCAGGAAACCCCCCUCCAAUCAACAAUAGUGCCAUAAAUACAGUUCUAACUUCACUUAACAAGGCACCUAGUCAGUUAGAUGAAUCCUACCACAAAUUGAACCUCUUGGUCAACAAAUAUCUGGCUGAAAAAUCGGCUAUACAAGAACAGAAUAACUUAAAGGGCAGUCUAAAGGAGUCUGUCAAUGCAGUUAGGGAAAGACUUCUUCAGCAUUUUAACAUAGUAAAUUCCAUCAAUGCAGACCAGUUACUAACGCCUAAAAAAUUGAUUUCUAGUAAUUAUGGUAAUAAUAAUGCGCAUGGUGAUGUUGAGCAAGUACUGGAACAGAUUGAGGUACAAAAUUCUGCAAAAGAAGACUCUAUAAACCAGUUGGAGCAGAAGAAUAUAACUGAACCGUCGCCUAGUCGAUGGUUAAUCUCACCCAGACGUAUUUUUGGCUCUAAAAACGUAAAUUGUGGAUCUGUAUCAAAAGAUUGCUCUGCUCCCCAAGCAAUCACUCCAAGUGACUGCAAUAUAACAAAAAUUCUUGAUGAAAUCAAGUGCAAAUUUGAUCAGGCAGAUAAUACAAUUCUCAAUAUUGAAGCGCAAUUGGAAAGCGAUAUAUGCGAUCCUAACAAGCGUGAAUGGGAAUUUUCUUCCUUCAUGGGCCCGGCCAAUUCAGACCAGUCAGUGAUAUUUGAGCACGCACGUGCUCUUUAUACAAAUUUAUAUAACCAUGCUAAGACGAACAAAAUGAAAAUUUCUGCCCUACGGGAAAAGUUAGCUGUGUUGCAAACUCACAUUAAGCCAAUGGUAUCGGAUCAUCGUAAUGCCCUAUAA